GAAUUGUAUAGACGUUGCUUCCACUUGAAAUAGGUAAAACACCUCCAACUUUAAAAACAAUGAAAAAGUAGAAACACUCGUUUAAAUUCGUGUGCUUCUUCCUUUCGCGUUGGAAGCUAGAAGCCAAAAACGUCAUCAUCAGGCGACAAAUGUGUUUCUGCUGUCCUACUGUCGAACAAGCCUCUUCACCAGAGACAGUCGGUGACUGCUAUUUUCAAGCCCCGAUGACGGCCUCCACUCGCAGGGCGGUGUUGUCACUGUAUAUGCGGGUGUUUCGCAUCGCCCGAAACUGGCAUGCACAGAGUGGGCUUAUAAGUGACACAGAUACUGAGAGAAAGUACAUACUUCAGGAGGCGCGCACUCUGUUCAGGCAGAACCAGCAGCUCACAGACCAAGAAUCAAUAAAGAGGUGUAUAGAAGAAUGUGAAGCAAGGAUAGAAAUAGGUCUGCAUUACAGGAACCCUUAUCCAAGGGCUACCUAUUUACCACCACUGGGACUGGCGACUCAGAAAGGCAGGAAGCUGCGAGCACAGCAGCGCCUGAGGAAGCAGGCCAAGCCAAUUUACUUACAGUCACAAGACGAGACCUGACGCUUGAUAUCCUUGCUCUUUGCCAACAGUUCAAGUUACCAAGGAGAGGAAACUAGAGUGCAGUCACAAGCUGGUCCCAUGGGCUGUGUUGUUAUGUACCACUCAAAGAUGCUUGAACACCCGUCAUUCAGGAAGAAGCCAUUUUUUCAUCAUAUUUUUUUUCCACCGCAAACUGCAUAUACAUGAGUUCAAACUAUAGCUGGAGUGUCAGCUUCUCUUCAGCUCAAGGUGUUCGUCACCGUGGACUAACCUGUAAUAAGAUCGAGUGGUAGUUUUUAUUUAUUUUUCUGUGUAAAAACUGUUGUAAUAAACACACUUUCUUGACAUCAAAUGGAAUCUCGUAGAGAUAAACGCUGGUGUUUGUUGUGUUAGAAUGUAAGUACACAUUAAUUUCAGAGAUGUUAUUAGCAAGUAAUUAAAGUGCUAAUAAACAUGCCUUGUGUUGUA